AUGGCAGCAGCAGCGAUUGCAACGGCGCGCCAGCCUGACAUUGAGUACACACCUGACUUCAACAAGUAUACAGCGCGAGUAAAGCGCAGACUUGAGACCGAGGAGGCUCUUGCCACCAAAAACCUGCCUGCAGGCUUCCCACGACAGUUGAAGUCAGAAUUAGUGUGGGAGGGAGCCUCCAUUGCAAAUGAUUUUGAUUGGAACUUUAUCCUGACCCCCGAACAUAUUGAGGAACUAGAACACGCCCUUGCACACUUUAAAUCGUUGAACAAGCCUCCCGGCUACAUUGACGAAACAACUUUCCCUUUGCCGAAACUACACUCUGCUCUUCGUGAUAUCUCACGAGAACUGCAUUUCGGCCAUGGCUUCAAAGUUAUCAGGGGUAUUCCUGUCACACGGUAUUCUCGGGAGGACAACAUCAUUCUUUAUGCUGGCCUUUCAUCGCAUAUUGCUCCUCUCAGGGCACGCCAAGACAGUCGGUACAAUGGUGAGCCGGCAGAUGUAGUCCUCAGUCACAUCAAAGACCUUAGCGCAAGCAAAGAAGGGACCAGCAUUGGCGCCCCCGCUUACACGGCUGACAAGCAAGUGUUCCACACCGACAGUGGUGACAUUGUCUCAUUGUUUUGCCUGAGCCCAGCCGCUGACGGGGGCAAAAGCCGACUAGCAAGCACUUGGCGAGUCUACAAUGAAUUGGCAGCAACCAGGCCAGAUCUCAUCGAGACGCUCUCACAAGACUGGAUCGCCGACAACUUUGGCAAUUCUGAGCAGCCCUAUGUAACCAAGCCCCUCCUGUUUCAUCAACCGGCCACGGCGCAGAACCCCGAGCGUGUGGUACUGCAGUAUGCUCGAAGAUACUUCACGGGAUUUGGAGCGCUGCCUCGUUCAACGGCAAUCCCUCCAAUCACAGAACCACAGGCUGAAGCGCUGGAUGCGGUACAUUUCCUCGGAGAGCGCUUCAAUGUCGACCUGGAUUUCCAACAAGGUGAUAUCCAGUACGUGAAUAACUUGGCAGUUUUUCACGCUCGUGAUGGUUUCAGGGACACCCCGGAGCGGCAACGCCACCUCGUUCGCCUCUGGCUUCGGGACCCAGAGUAUUCUUGGGACACCCCGAGUGCUUUGAAAUCGAAAUGGGCGCAAUUGUACCAUGGUGUGACCCCAGAUAGGCAGGUCUUCCCAUUGGAGCCGUAUGUGCGAAGCGCUAGUAAUGGAUCUCUGAAGGCCGCUCAAUAG